AUAAAACAUACGCAAUAUUAUCAACACCACUCGAAAAAUCUGAGAAUGAUGAUCGGGAAUACCGGUUAAUUGUAUUGCCUAACAAUUUAGAAGCUUUGCUAAUUUCUGACAGUGAAACUGAUAAAAGUAGUGCCGCAAUAGGUGUUCAUGUUGGCCAGAUUAAUGAUCCGUCGAAUCUUCAAGGUCUUGCCCAUUUUUGCGAACAUUUGUUGUUUAUGGGAACUGAAAAGUAUCCCAAAGAAAAUGAAUAUAGCGAGUAUCUAACAAAACAUAAUGGAUCAAGCAAUGCAUACACUAGCAUUGAUCAUACGAACUAUUAUUUCGAUGUUGGGCAUGAACAUUUGGAAGGGGCUUUAGAUUUGUAA